AUGAGCCAGCAGGAGAGGGAGACAGAGGAGGAUGAGGGAGGGUGUGGCUCUGACAUGACACCCAUGCUUCCCCAGAGGUUCUCCGACCACCAGACAUCCCCAGGGUGGGCAGGCCUGGCCACAAGGGGACUGGGGACCCUAUUGCUGCCCAGUCGGACAGCGAUUGUGUUCCUGCUGGUGUUGCUACCUGCAGCUGCCGUUGUCUACCUGGGUUUCCUGUGCCACUCCAGGGUCCACUCGGCUCCCCGCCCCCCAUGCCGUGCUCCGCUCAUUCUCCGACUGCGCUUCCCGACACUUUCGGCUUUCUCUCACUGCCGCAGCUGCUUGAGCCUGUCUGGCCUGACGCCUCCUUCCGCUGCCUGCCACCCCCAUCCUGGACCCAUGGACCCCACCGCCACCCGGAGUCCAGCAACGGGGAACUGGUGGGCCAUGGCCUGGACAAGGAAGGGCAGUUUCGUUACUGAGUGGGACCCAGAGGACUCUCAAGCCCUUAAAAUCUCAGAGUUCCUUGAACUGCUUCUCAUACCCUAA